UUUCAGUUUCUUUCUGCCAGUCGUUCGCGUCGGUCGAUCGGUUGCUGCGCGAAGAGGCAGACACGUGAAUAUCGUAUUCAAAGCGGGGGCCCACAAAACACGCAUCAGCAUCCGCAUCAAGUGCUGCAGCAGCAGCAUCCAGCCAACACUACGUAAAUAAGUUAAGACUGAGCCGUAGCCCGUUUGGGAGCUGAAUGUGUUUGCGUGUGCCUUGACCAUGCCCAUUUGCAAAAGUUCGCCGGCAACGGCAACGAGCAAGAAAACCGCCACGGACAUAUCCGCCGAUCAUGUGACGGAGGCGGCCCAGGUGAAACGCACACGGGAACAGGCCUAUUUCAAUUCGUACGACUUCGACGCAAUCGAGGUGCUGCCCUACGACGAGGACAACGACGACGACGGCGACGGCGUGGUUGUGACGGGCAGGCACAGUCGCGCCAGCAGCGGACGCUAUUCGGUGGCCAACGACAGCAACAGCAGCGGCAGCCACACAAAGUUCGCCUAUCUGCACAGGCUGGGCGCCUUCUUUGGCCAGAAAUCAGCUGCGGAUGGCGCAAGUGCAUCGGCUGGUCACAAUAAUGGAGUAGCCGGAGCUACACAGGAGCUUGGCGGCGUUGCCCUCGUUGCGGGGCCAACUAAUGAUAACUUUUUGCUACCACGCGCCAUGCUAAAGUAUCCAUAUCAGAGCGGCAAUGCGACGACUUCAAUGCCAUUGACAGCGUCGCUCUCAAUGAUCCACGCGAAUGGCUCGGCUGGUCUUGAGAGCCAGACGGGUGCAUCUGUGACCAGGCCAAACGAUAUCAAGCCAACUGUGGUGGCCAGUGUGGCAACAGCGGCGCGCAACAAGAAACGCUCGACGGCAUCCAAUGCCAGCAGCACACAUACCACGGACUCGGGCCUGGGCACCAACACAACAACAACAGCAGCAGCAGCAGCAUCUGUCGCUGUGGCAGUGGCAGUGGCAGCAGCAACACCAACAGCAGCGGCGGCAGCAACAGCGAGCGGCUCACACUAUUCGACCGAUAAAAGCGGCUCGUCCGGUUACUAUAGCUCUCACGUGUGCUCCACAUACUCGCUGGACGAGCACAUCUACUGCGAACCGGUCAUAGAUAUCCUAGAAGCCAAGAGCAAACGGCCACAGCUGCGGCUGCCAACGAAAGUGACGGGCCAUGCGACAGAGACCACAGCGAUUAGUCAGCAUUUGGACAUGCAAGAUGCGUCUACGGGCCUGGCAGCUAACCAAGCGGCGGACAAAACGGAGCAAAUAGCCACGGGCAACAGCCAGCAGCAGCAGCAGGAGCGACAGCAGCACCAACAGGAGCCGCCGCACUACAGCGACAAGCUGCGCAUCCUGGAGACAAGCAUUGAGAAUUUGGAUCGUCAUUUGAAAACCUUGCCCAGCCUCUAUGCGCAGCAUGCAGCAGAGCGGCAAGCGCCAGCUGCCGCAUGCGCCAACCUGGACAUUGGCGAAAAGCUGCGUGCCUACAACCAGCUGCCCACAAUUAUGGAGGGCUAUGCCACACAGCGGCAGCAGCGGCAACUGGAGCAGCUGGAUGACUCACUGCUCGACAUCGAUCUGGAUGCAUUUCUGCUGCAACCCAAGCAGCAGCAGCAGCAGCAGCAACAGCCAAGGCGACCCCGUCAACAGCUGCUCGCAGGCAUCGAUAAUCCGAGUUUUCUGAGCGACGAGCAGCUCGAGGAGAACAAUUACAAGUGUGCCAAAUACAUCAACUCCUGCCCGGAGGAUGCCUAUCGUGUGGACAACGAGUCUGCGGCCCAUGCGGCCACAACGGCGACCUAUGCGAAACGCUAUGAGGAUCAGCUGCACUUUCAGAGCACACGCGAACUGCUGGAGGAUGUGCGCGACAAGAUCCGUCUGCUGACGCCGACGCCCACAACGGAUAUACCGCAGGAGCUGGAGGGCAUGAUACAAACGCUCAAGGACGAACUGGAGUCGUAUCUGCAGCGCAUGAAUCAGCACAGCGAGCUGGAGCUGCGCCAGCUCUGCAGCGGGCUGGGGCGCCAGCAGCAUGUGGUGCGGCUGCAGAAUGCGCUGGAGCGCAGGCGCAGCUUUGCCGGCGAACUGCAGCUGAAUACGUACGAAACUGUGCGCGACGGCGUCCUAAUCUCCACCUGCGGCCGGCCGCUAAAUGUGCGCGAACAGAUCAUGAGCAUACGUUGUGCCAGCGAUCCGAACUUUAAGAUGAAACGCAAAUCCAUUACCGAGGUCUUUCCCGUCGCCGAGUGCUAUAUUGAGACCAUGACGUUAUCGCGCAGUGCCACGCCUACGCUAACGCCUACAACCAUGGACACCACGCCCACGCCGACAACCACGCCCACGCCUACGCCACCGCUGGAACUGAAGGCAGCGACAACAACAACCAUGGUCACCCAAAUGCAGCGCAAUCUGACCUUCCACAAGCCCGUGCUCAGCGUGGAGAACGCCAGAUCGCGGCUGGGCAACGGCCACGACAAGAUCGACAACGCAGCCGAGUGGCAUCGCAAGAAGCCGAGCAUCUGGGAGAUGUACUACGGCACCAAUCGACUGCAUCAAUCGCUGCUGGGCAAGCAGCGACACAGCGGCAGCGAACUGGUCAUCAGCAGCGCACAUCCGACGCUCUCCUAUCCAUCGUCCAGACCCGAAUCGGAUUUUACGCUCGACUUGCCGCGCGCCGAGCAGCUGCGCCUCAAAAUGGAAAAGGAGAAGAAGUUCCGCCAAAGAUGUCGCCUCAUCACCACAUUUCUAAGUCUGGUAUUCUUUCUACUGACCGUGAUGGUUGUCAGUUUGGUUUUAACGCGCGGCAAACGCAUGUUUGGCAGCAUGAUUUAGCCAAGGAGUCCCAUAUAAAACUGAAUAUUAGCAUAGACUAUAAGAAGAAGAAAA